AUGUCUUCUUCGCCCACCACGGAAGUGACCCAGCAGGCCUACACAACCCACCCGGGCCACGGCUCGGUGGGGGCCGUCAUCGGAGUCCUUGCGGUGAUCACCAUCCUUGGGGUGAUCGCGGGCAUGAUCGGGCGGCUCUGCACGGGCAGGCCAAUCAUGGGCAGGGUGCAGUACGACUUCGAGGGUUGGGUGGAGCGCAAAUGCUCAUCCUGCAUCGACGGCCACGUCGGCCCUCCCCCGCGGCCGCCGCAGCCUCCGCCGCAGGCCGAGGGGGCCCCAGCUGAGGCUGCAGGAGGGGAGAUUAAGGAGGAGCCGGAGGAGGAGGUGGUGCCGCAGCAGCAGCAGCAGCAGCCUCGGGAGCAGAGAGCAUCACGUGGGGACCACGAGUCUUGA